GAUAAUGGCGAAGACUCCCAUCUCAUAUCUCCUAGUCCGGUGGUCCAUGUCCGGGGUCUGUGUGAGGCUGUGGUGGAAGCAGACCUCAUCGACGCGCUGAAGAAAUUUGGACCAAUAUGCUAUGUGAUGAUGAUGCCCUUCAAGCGUCAAGCCUUGGUGGAGUUCUCUUCAGUAGAGAGUGCCGAUCGCUGUGUGUCCUGUGGAGCAAAGGAGCCAGUGUACAUUGCAGGACAACAGGCUUACUUCAAUUACUCCACCUCCAAGAGAAUCACCAGACCAACAAAUGCUGACAACCCAAACAGUGGCAACAAGGUCCUGCUGCUGUCCAUUCAGAACCCCCUCUACCCCAUAACUACGGAUGUCCUGUACACGGUUUGUAACCCCAUAGGCAGUGUGCUGAGGAUCGUCAUCUUUAAGCGAAAUGGAAUCCAGGCCAUGGUUGAGUUUGAGUCAGUUCAGUGUGCCCAGAAGGCCAAAGCUGCACUAAAUGGAGCUGACAUUUAUGCUGGCUGCUGUACGCUCAAGAUUGAAUAUGCAAGGCCAACGCGUCUUAACGUAAUAAAGAAUGAUAAUGAGAGCUGGGACUACACUAAACCAUACUUGGUCAGACGAGAACGUGGGAAGGGAAGACAAAAGCAGGCCAUUUUAGGAGAACACCCAUCAGCCUAUGCUGACAACGGCUAUGGUCUAGCCUGCCCCCUGCUGCCGCUGACCAGCAAUAGCAGGUACAAGCUCACCUCAGUGGACGUCCCAGACAUGGUGUCCUACCCUCUGCCCCAGUCUUCCCCCUCAUACUCUGGCCACGCCCCCAGCUCUGUAGCCAUGGUGAGCGGCCUCCAUCCGUCCAAGAUGAACUGUACCCGCAUCUUCAACCUCUUCUGUCUCUAUGGUAACAUAGAGAAGGUAAAGUUUAUGAAAAGUGUUCCUGGUACAGCACUGGUUGAGAUGGGAGACGAGUAUGCAGUGGAUAGAGCCAUCACACACCUCAACAGCAUCAAGUUGUUUGGAAAACGGCUCAAUGUCUGUGUCUCCAAGCAGCAUGCGGUGAUACCCAGUCAGGUGUUUGAGUUAGAGGAUGGCAGCAGCAGCUAUAAGGACUUCGCCAUGACCAGAAAUAACCGUUUUAGCAGUGCUGGACAAGCCUCCAAAAACAUCAUCCAGCCUCCGUCUGCUGUGCUACACUACUACAACGUUCCUCCGUGCAUAUCACAGGAUCAACUGCUCAAGCUGUGUAGGGAGCAUGAUGUUCCUGGCUUCAUCAAAUUCAAGAUGUUUGACGCCAAGCCCUCCUCUAAGACCAUCUCUGGGUUGUUGGAGUUUGACAGUAAGACGGAGGCUGUGGAGGCUCUUACCGUUCUCAAUCACUACCAGAUUAGGAUACCAAAUGGAUCCAACCCAUACACUCUGAAACUGUGUUUUUCCACCUCAUCUCACUUAUAAAAGCUGCUGAGAACAAAUGGAGGCCGCUAAUGACUGCUGAUGUGUGGCCUCGGAUUGAAACAAGACCCACGAGGACCACGGAGAGCCACACUGCAGAUAAGCAAAGAGGGUGGUGGUGAGAUGGUCGUUUAAGGAGAUGUAGAAGAUGGAAAGUGUGAAGAAGGAAACUGACCAUAAAAUGCACACCCACCUUCUGACCACCCAGGCACAAAUGAAAAUAGUGAGUGUCUGUAACACCUCUGGGCGUCUGCAGGAUGUGUUAAUCACACCAUCUGUAAAAUGAGGGGAGACUGACUUGCAAAUAGAUAGAGACCUAUCGUUGGUCAUCUAUCCUGGAGACUGGGUCAGACAUCUCUCGUGGUUAUUCAUGCACAUGCUUAAAGAAUAUUUAUUGUUAAGACAGCUGAUAAAUACAUUGUACUUUUUGAAUAUAACUGUAAGAGUUUAAGUAAAAUGAACAAAAUUUUAAGUUCUCAUUGAGUGUUCACCAGUGCAUGUAUUGUAUUCUUUUAAUCUUGGUGGCAGCUACAUCUGGGAACAAAUAUGUUUCUCAGCUGUUGGUUCAGCAUGAGAUGCCUCCACUUCUGAUCUGUUGGUAAAUUUAGGACAUUCUUGGGACUUAGGGGCAAAUGUUUAAAUGUUUUAAACCACCUUCUAACACAAUCUGUUGCCUUUUCCAGAAUCAUAUGAGAAUUCUAGCCAUAUUUCAUGAGUCCUCAGGUAUUCAUGAGCAGGACUUCUAAUUUAUACGAUCACUCCUUUAAGCUCCAUCGCCAGGUGUGAGCUGUACACUGAAACAGACCGGCUGCAGUCAGCCACAUUAUAAAGUCCAACAAAUAAAUGCUAUUUAAUUUACAUAAUGUUUCAUAAUGGUAAUUUCUGAGGCACGUCUGAACACACCACUGCACACAUCUGUACAGUCCACUGGGAAGGCACUGCAGGGCAGUAUCUGGGCCUGCAUCUGUUAGUCAUAGAAAGAUAUUCAUUUGAGCUGUGAACCAUCACAGGGUACUGGCUCAUUAACAGUUAUCGAGUUUCAAGGUUUGAUGUUUUGUUUUUUGUUUUUUACAUUUUAUAAAGUCUCCCUUUAAUAUUUGAAAUAUACACUGAGUGGAAAAAGAGUACUGCACCCAGAGAGAGUGUUAAAAGUGAAAUAAAACGGCGUGUGUUGAAAAACCCUGUGACUGAUGUAUCGCAGUAUUUCCAAUAUCAGAUCAAAUGGAAGACACAGUUGGCAGUAUCGGUCCACCUAUGGUCUGGCCUCGACAAAGUAGCGUUUGCUGAGCAAAGACAUACAUCCAUUGCAUCCACCUCUUGUGAAAGUUGGCCCACAGCUGUUGUUUUUGGGGGCUUUUUGCUGUUAAGAUCCAACCGCUUGGUCCUGAGUGAGACGUGGCGCUUAAGCAGCCGGGUAGGGAAGCAAAGAGGGAGGGAAAAAACACACCAUCUUACUGGCUUCAUGAUGCUCAGCCCCAGUCAUCUGUACUAAUCCACAACACAGAGUCAUUGCUAGUUUUCCUGGUCUCACAGUUGUGGCAGCGCUCUGAAUGCAGCUGUCUCUAGUUGAAGGUUUGAAACUCUGAGCAUGGGAUGCCAACCAGUCAAUGGCAGUUAUUGAAACAUACUGCAGGAUUUGAAUGGGUCCAGUACUGGAUAUGAUGAGUUUCCAAAAUGCUUUGUGCGUACACACUGGUUCCAACAGUGGGCUCCUGUGGCAACUAUUUGUCUCCCACGCAGACCCACAUUAUCAGUGCCUGAUCAAAGGCUGCUAAUGCAGUCUAAGGCAUCACCUCUGUGUUUGGUGACCUUAACUGACUAACAUUAUCGUUCUAUUUGUGAUGCAACCUGGUGCCAAUUCUAAAGGGUGUCGUGAAAAGUGCCCUCCCCCACCCCAGCACAGUUUUCUUCUUGUUUUUGUCUCACUUAAAUAUUUCAGAUCAUCAAACCAAAGUUUAAUACCAGACAAUGCUAAUCUCAGAAGAUAAAUGGAAAUCAUGGUUUAAUUUAUUAAAGGUUAAAAAUCAAACCAAACCCUCCUGGUCCAUUGUGAAAAGGUAAUAACCCUUUAAACCUAAUAACUGGGUGUUUGCCCCUUGACAGCAAAAACGUUUCAUUUCAGGCGUGGACUUGCUGCUGUGCUUUGGAUCAUUGAUCUGCUGUAUAACCCAAGUGAGGCUGGAACUUAAGGUCACAAUCUGAUGACAUUGUCCUUCAGGAUUUUCUGCAGAUAUCAGGCUCCCGUCGAUUACAGCAAGUUGUCCUGGUCCUGAAGCAGCAAGGCAGACCCAGACCAUCAUUUCCCAAUGUUUUGUUCUGUGCCCCCAUGAAAAAACACUGGUCCCACCCUGGCCCUCCUGCUAAAUUUGACACUGCUGUA